ACAGCAGCGGCAGACAGAGCAGCGCUUUCUCUGACGCGCUACCGAGUUAAGAGAGCGCGCACUCCUUCUGCUCCUGGCACCGCGCGCAAAAGUCGCGUCUUUGUUUUUACGCACGGCGCGGAGUGGAGAGUUUUCAGAAACUCUCCCGCACCUGUAGUCAGUCCGUUAUAGUGGGAUUUUAUGCGGACUGGUUGUGUAAUUUUGUGUUCAAUUGGAAAGUGCACGUGGCGGGAAACUAUCCACUACUGUCUUUUUUUAAAAAUUUUAUUUAUUAUUAUUAUGUGUGUUUGUUUGUUCUGACAGUGGACUUCAUUCCGUUGUAGCCAUUCUGUUGACGUGCGCGGUGAAGCGAUCUUUGCGCUCUAAACAUAAAGUAUGGAUCCUUUAUUCAACACCACCGAGGUGCCAAACGGGACGGUCGGCUCCAACGGCACCAACGGAACCGUGUACCGGAACCAGUUCGUGCAGCCGGUGUGGAGGAUCGUCCUGUGGGCGAUCGCGUACAGCUGCAUAGUCGUGGUGUCGGUGGUGGGCAAUGUGACCGUGAUCUGGAUCAUCAUGGCGCACAAACGCAUGAGGACCGUCACCAACUAUUUCCUCCUCAACCUGGCGUUCGCCGAAGUCUCCAUGUCCGCCUUCAACACGGUGAUCAACUUCGCCUACGCCGUGCACAACGAGUGGUACUUCGGACUGAUCUACUGCCGCUUCCACAACUUCUUCCCCAUCGCGGCUGUGUUCGCCAGCAUCUACUCGAUGACCGCCAUCGCCCUGGACAGGUACAUGGCCAUCAUCCACCCUCUGCAGCAGCGCAUGUCGUCCACGGAGACCAAGGUGGUGGUUGGUGUGACCUGGGUUCUGGCUCUGCUCCUGGCCUUUCCCCAGUACUACUACUCCAACACGUACCAGCUGCCCGACCGCGUGGUGUGCUACAUCGAGUGGCCCAAUUAUACCACGUUCGACUUCCAAAAGAUGUACCAUGUGUCUGUGGCCAUCCUGAUCUACUUCCUGCCGCUGCUGGUGAUGGGCUGUGCUUACCUCGUGGUGGGCCUGAACCUCUGGGCCAGUGAGAUCCCAGGAGACUCCUCCGACCGCUACAAGGAGCAGCUCACUGCCAAGCGCAAGGUGGUGAAGAUGAUGAUUGUGGUGGUGUGUACAUUUGCCAUCUGCUGGCUGCCCUUCCAUGUCUACUUCCUGCUGCACCAGUUCUUCCCWGAGCUGUUUGAAGAAACAUACAUCCAGCAGUUUUAUCUGGCCAUCAUGUGGCUGGCCAUGAGCUCCACCAUGUACAACCCCAUCAUUUACUGCUGCCUCAACGACAGGUUCCGUGCUGGUUUCAAACAAGCCUUCCGCUGCUGCCCCUGUGUCCCUCCAGGCUCCUAUGAAGGCCUGGAGCUGAAGUCUACUCGGUACCUGCAGACCCAAACCAGCGUUUACAAGGGAAGCCGGAUGGAGACGACCGUUUCCACCGUCCUUCAUGCCGGGGAGGACGCAGAGCAUCCCAAGGUCAAAGCCAGAGGAGGUCUCGGACCGGGAGGGGCUGCCGUUGGCGUGCAGCCACACAGUUCCACCCUGGACCUGACUUCCAACGGCUCGUUAUCAAGGAGCGUCUCCAAAACUGUAUCUGAGAUGUCCAGUUUCUUCUCCAGUAACAACCUGCAGGAAUAGUCCUGCUUUUCUCCAAACAGCAGUCAGAGUUCGUGAGUUUGACUGUUCACAUGGUUGCUUUUGUCGUUUGAAGGAUUCGGGUGAAGUAUAGAAAGAGUGUGUGACUUUACCUGCUUGCGCCUGUCAGUUUCUGAGUGUGUUUUGAAGGAACGUUGUCCUACAGAACUGAGCACUGCCCUCACCCACAGCCCAAAUGAAGAAAAAAAACUAAUUCAUAAGGAUUCAUGUUUAUCGUACACUAGAGCCAAACGGCAGCAAAUCAAGAUAAGCACAUUCCAGCUUGAAGGCCAAGCAGAAGCUGAAGCUGAAGCUGUCAUCUCCUUUCUUCACAGCUUCUGACUGUCAACGCCGCUUCCUCUCAGUGCAGAAAAGAGAGGGUGGGCUCACACAUUCUCAAUCACACAAGCCAUGUGACUUCACACAGUCUAUUUUGGACCGGAGCCACCGUACAGCAUGAGACGAACGUGAUGCAGGCAGGGCCUGGCUUUAACCGAGGAACUUCUCUGAAAGACGAGAAAUUCUUCAUACGUUUAGCUGAGAGACGCCGCUGACAAUGGGAACGCUCUGACAUUUCAACCAUGAGAAACAAAGUAUCAAUUCUGAACUUC